AACUCUGUCUCAUCUUUGACGGUCUGCGUUUUUUAUUUCAGGCUUUGAAAAAAAAAAACAAACGUAAAGAACACGCAAAUAAAUAAAUUAUAAAUAAAAUGGAUGAAAUACGAAGUAGUUUGGACAACAUAAUGGCGCGCUUUAACGACAGCAUAACGCACUCGGCGCCCAAGAAGCUGAUUUUCGACCGGCUUUCAAUGUCGUUCAACGACGACUCCGGCACAGUGCCAAAGAAACGACGAAUUGACAAUGAUUCAUUGAACGGCAGCCUCAAUGCCAGUCUCAAUGCCAGCACCACAUCGCUGAACAAUUCGUUCAAUGAUCCCGUCGGUCCGUGGCAGACGCGGAAAUUGCGCGCCGAGUUAAUUGAGACGAAGGCGAUUGUGUCGCAGCUGCAGGAUCAAUUGGCCCAGCAGUCGAAGGAGCAUCUCGCCGCCGUCUCAAAUGCCGACGCCAAGGCCGAUGCUCUCAAGGAACAAUGCGACUUCACCAGUGCCAAGAUGUUGGAGUUGGAGAAGCAUCUGCAGGUCAUAAGGAAACGCGAGCACAGUGCCAGGCAGGAAAUAAAUCGUGUUCAAGCGGAGCUGGAACAGCAGAAGCUGAAAUUCGAGACGGCACUCGGUCUAGCUAAGCAGGAGAAGCUACAAUUGGAGGAGGAUGCGCGCGAGGUGCAAUACUGCAUCAACAACGAGCUGAGCGAGUAUAAGAGAAUCAAUGAACGCACCGAACUGGAACUGGAGGCCACCAAGAAUGAGUUGAGUCGCCUGCGUCGCCGUCACGAUGAAUACAAGGCGAAUUCCGCCAGCUUCGAUAAGCUGCAAAUGGAUUACGAAAUGCAGCAACAGAGUCUGGAUGCAGCGAAUGCUCGCAUCAAGGAGUUGGAAUUUGAAAUACAGUCGUACACGGACUGGAAGGAGGUGACCAGAACAUCCCAGGCACGUCUGCUCAGUGUGCCGGAGCUACAAGCGGAGGUGGAACGUCUGCGUGGACACAACAAGCAGCUGAACACGAUUAUUGGCGACAAGCUGCUGCUGGAGGAGAAGGUGCACGACUACAAGACACGCCUGGACAGGGAGGAAGGGGCACGUGCCGAGGCAGCCGCACUCCAGGUGAAACUGACUCACAUGGAGCAGGAGCUUAAAGAGUGGGUUAAAGUGGCACAGGAUCAUUGUCUGGCCAAUACGCUGGUCAGUCCGCUUGCUCUGCGCACACGCAUCGAGCAGCUGCUCCAAGACGACAUUGUGCGCGUGGCCGAAAAGGGAAGCGCCGAUUCCGAUAGCAAACAUCUGCAAUCUUCGCUGCGGGAGCUGGAGCAACAGUGUGCCGUCUAUCUGAAGAACAUUGAGGAUAUGAAUGGGAUACUGAAGCGGCACAAGAGUUUCAGGGAGCGACUGCAACGCAAGCUGUUGAUUGUGUGCAAGGAGCGGGAUUUCUACAAGCAAUUGCUGGAUAACUUUGACAAGGAUCUGACCAUGACAAAUGCCAGCACCUCGGAGAUGAGCAACGACAUGCAGAUGCGCUAUCGCGUCGAGGUCCUGGAACGCACGCUCACCGGCUACAAGGAGAUGUGCUCAACGCUGGAGCGUGAGAUGCAAACAAUGCGUCAGCAGGAAUCCCUCAGUGAUCCACCGUCCAAUGAGAAUGGCUACGAUAGCGUCAAAAAGGAACUGGACACGCUGCGCAUGGAGAAUGAACGCCUGCGUCGUCGCAAGGAUGAACUCGAAUUGGAGCUGGAACAUCGCUGUCUGCGCGGUGACUUCAACAUGGGCAACUACAAGGUGGUGCAUCUGAGCAACAAUCCCGCCAGCGAGGCCUACGAUGCCACCAAGAACAUUGUGGAGAAACUGCAGGCAGAGAUUGAGCGUCUCAAGCGUCGCAACAAAAAGCUGGAGGAGGACAAUGAACUGACACAGGCGCGCUUCAAUGAGACCACCAGCAGCAGCGCCGGCGGUGGCAUGACCAUGAACUUCAAAGAGUUCAAUCAACUGCGCGCCGAACUCGAGUCGGCCAAUGGCAAGAUGAAGAAGAUGAAGGAAUGCUUCAAGGCGGCCAGCAAAGAGUUUCGAGAUGUUUGCUACAUGCUGCUCGGCUACAGAAUUGAUCGUGUGGGCGCCAACAGUCACUACCGAAUUUCGAGCAUGUUUGCCGAGAGCCCCGACGAUUAUCUGUCAAUUAGCGUGAACGAAUCCAUAGCACUGCUCGAGUCACCAUAUUCACAGACACUGAAACCGGCGAUCGAUCAACAAUUGGCAGCGAAUAACUCAUUUCCCGCAUUCUUUGCCGCACUCACAUUGGAGCUGUUUCAACGUGCCACCGUCACAAUCACAUAAUGAAUGAUUCUAAUCAGGAUUAGUCAUAGAUAAUCGAAGCAUUCAUUGUAACUCAACUACACACACACAACAUAUGUAUUAAUUAAGCUUUCAAUUAGUUUAAUAAUGAAUAUAAAUUAAUAUUUA